GUGUUUCGCCUCAGUAAUUGUGUUGACUUGGCUCACAAAACAGUAGAGGCCCUCACCACGCCGAAUGUUGACCUCAGGAUUUUAACUUUUGUUUCACAAGCAACGAAAGCCCUCUGGCUUCUCAUUGACCGCAUGCUGUGGUUUGGAAAAGUGGGCAUCAUCAAAGUAUGUUCCUUAGACACAUAGUAAUGUUUUGGUUUUUUCCCUCUACACUGCUCAAGUUCACAAACUUCAUACACUAGGUUUGGUGUUCAUCAGAAAUCAUAUAUUGAAAGUAGUGAAUUUUAUUAAUCUGAAUGAGUUGUUGCAUUUUAGGUCAACAGACCUUGAUCAUUUUCAUAUUAAAAUCUUUAAUAAUUUUCUACCUAGCACUAAGUAGAAAUUGUCCCUAGAUCCCUACAUGUGGUAGCUCUUCUUUUUGCAUAUUAAUGUAAUUAUAUGAGAUUGGAUGAAGCAUUAAUUUAUUAUUUUGUGAAUGAAAAAAAUUAAGUUCUCAUUAGCAUGUUAUGUGCAACAUUUUGAUAGCAUUACAUCUUCCAACACACAGGACAUGCUUACAGGCAAGCCAAAUACAAAUUGUUAAAAUACCACCUCAUCUUUUCUGUAUAGAUAUAAUUUUAAGAUUAAAAAUUUUGUUGUCAAAUUAAUAAAUGUAGAGAUUUUCAACACAUCUUGUACUUUAAAAAAAAAUCUAGAUUGACCAGAUGUUUUGGACGUCAUGGUCCCUGAGUGCGUGGCUUGUUGCCCUGGCAACCGCCAGCAUUGCUGACAUGAUUAAACUUCAAAAUGUUCAGAACAAACUGCAUCUGUUUCUGAAACAAAAUGGAAAACAAGCCAAGAUCUCUGACAAGCUUCAGGUUUGUGAUUAGACUGGAGUGAUUCUCCCCUUGAAUAGUUCUAUGUGUUACUGUUACAUUAUUGCAUGUUGAAGAUUUUUAUUAUUUAUUAUUUUAUUUGUAUUUAAUUUUAUGUUGAAGGCUUGGACUGUUUUAACAUGCAUGGGCUCUUUUAUAAAUUGGUCAUAUUGUGUCGUGGUAUUUAACUGAAUUUUUUCACUAAGGUUAAAAGAAAUAAAAGACAUGUUUGAUCACGCCUAACACCAAAUCUUUGGUAGGAGAAACAGAAACUUCACCAAAUAAAAACAACUCAUGCCAAAAAAAUCUAAAGAAUGUGAAAUAAGAAUAACUUAAGUCACUCAUGGUACACUAUAAAUGUGUUUAUUUACGGUUUCUAUGGAGAUUGCCAUAAAGGGUUGUCCUAGUUUAAUUUAUAAGCUCUGUAUUGCUGUCACUCAAUGAGCAUAUCACAGUCACUGUAUCAUGAUAAUAAUAAUGUUCUGUGUUGAAGCUUAUCUGGCAGUUUUAUUGAGGCACUUGGGUUGGUGGAAAACAACUAGGGCAUAUCCCAUUGGUCUUCACCAAAUACUUUAUGGGCUCUUGUGUAUAGUCAUCCAGAAAAUGUAUUGCCAAAAUGUAAAUGUGUAUUUAGGGUCCUAAAUUUCUGUCACUUCCGUAUCAUUAGACUGGAAUUGCUUUUAAAAAAAAAGAACAAUGUUACUUUUGACAGAUAUCUUUAAUUGUAUUUAAACUUGCUUUUCUCAGAUUGAAAUGCACUCAGUGAGAAUGAACUUCUGGCCAGAGUUUUGUGACCUUUUUAUACCCCUCGGCGGAUUGAGUUAUGUUAGUCCAGGAUUUUCCGCCUUAACAGGUGUCAUCUCUUCCGUCAUUGGAUUUCAACAAGAGUGGGAAAAACAUAUCAGCCCAUUCAAGCCUCAGUUAUAG